CACACCGGCCCCUCCCACGCUGAGAGAGGUCGUGAGCCCUUGCCUCACACCGGCCCCUCCCAUGCUGAGAGAGGUCAGAGUGAGCCCCUUGCCUCACACCGGCCCCUCCCACGCUGAGAGACGUCAGCCUGAGCCCUUGCGUCACACCGGCCCCUCCCAUGCUGAGAGAGGUCAGCGUGAGCCCCUUGCCUCACACCGGCCCCUCCCACGCUGAGAGAGGUCAGCGUGAGCCCUUGCCUCACACCGGCCCCUCCCACGCUGAGAGAAGUCAGAGUGAGCCCCAUGCCUCAUACCGGCCCCUCCCACGCUGAGAGAGGUCAGCGUGAGCCCUUGCCUCACACCGGCCCCUCCCACGCUGAGAGAGGUCAGCGUGAGCCCUUGCCUCACACCGGCCCCUCCCACGCUGAGAGAGGUCAGCGUGAGCCCUUGCCUCACACCGGCCUCUCCCACGCUGAGAGAGGUCAGCAUGAGCCCCUUGCCUCACACCGGCCCCUCCCACGCUGAGAGAGGUCAGCGUGAGCCCUUGCCUCACACCGGCCCCUCCCACGCUGGGAGAGGUCAGCGUGAGCCCUUGCCUCACACCGGCCCCUCCCACGCUGAGAGAGGUCAGCGUGAGCCCUUGCCUCACACCGGCCCCUCCCACGCUGAGAGAGGUCAGAGUGAGCCCCAUGCCUCACACCGGCCCCUCCCACGCUGAGAGAGGUCAGCGUGAGCCCUUGCCUCACACCGGCCCCUCCCACGCUGAGAGAGGUCAGCGUGAGCCCCUUGCCUCGCACCGUCCCCUCCCUCGCUGACAGAGGUCAGCCUGAGCCCCUUGCCUCACACCGGCCCCUCCCUCGCUGACAGAGGUCAGCCUGAGCCCCUUGCGUCACACCGGCCCCUCCCACGCUGAGAGAGGUCAGCGUGAGCCCUUGCCUCACACCGGCCCCUCCCACGCUGAGAGAGGUCAGCGUGAGCCCUUGCCUCACACCGGCCCCUCCCACGCUGAGAGAGGUCAGCGUGAGCCCCUUGCCUCACACCGGCCCCUCCCACGCUGAGAGAGGUCAGCGUGAGCCCUUGCCUCACACCGGCCCCUCCCACGCUGAGAGAGGUCAGCGUGAGCCCCUUGCCUCACACCGGCCCCUCCCACGCUGAGAGAGGUCAGCGUGAGCCCUUGCCUCACACCGGCCCCUCCCACGCUGAGAGAGGUCAGCGUGAGCCCCUUGCCUCACACCGGCCCCUCCCACGCUGAGAGAGGUCAGCGUGAGCCCUUGCCUCACACCGGCCCCUCCCUCGCUUACAGAGGUCAGCCUGAGCCCCUUGCCUCACACCGGCCCCUCCCACGCUGAGAGAGGUCAGUGUGAGCCCUUGCCUCACACCGGCCCCUCCCAUGCUGAGAGAGGUCAGCGUGAGCCCCUGCCUCAACAGGCCACCGUGAGGGAGGAGCAGGGUCGCACGUGGGCUGCUGGGAGGCAGGCAGGGACUUGGGCCUGGGAGGUCGCGGUGGGGCGAGAGCUGGGCCUGGAGACACCCCUCUGAGGCAACAGCGGGGCCUACAGACUCUGUUCUCCAGCCGGAGCUGGGACUGUUCAGGUACUGGGAGGCGGGAUGUGGGUCUGAAGAGCUUGGUUGCCGAAACUUCGGUGUCUACAAACGCAGGUGGGAAUUGAGCCAAAAAAGCUUGUUUCCUGGGAGGUGGGAGAUGCAGCCAAGAGAAACAGCUGUGCCUGCAGAGGCCGCCAUGUGGGAGGCUGAGGCCGGGCCUCCUCAAAUCGGCCUCUCCAGAGCCACUUGCAGCCUCCCGGCGUCCUCUCCGGGCCCAGCUCUUCCUCCCGGCUGUGUCUCCAGGCCUGACUCUGGCCUCCCAACAACGUCUUUGGACUCAGCUCCUGCCCAGCUCCCAGCGGCCCUGGUAGGCCCACCACUUCCCGAAGCCAAGCUCCCCAGGCCCAGCUCAGGCCUCACGGUGGCCUCUCCAGGCUCAGCUCCUGCCCUCCGAUGGCAAGGUCGGUGGGCUCCUCUAGGCCCAGCUUGGGCCUCCCGGCGGCCUCUGCAGGCCCAAAUCGUCCUGAAGUCGGCCUCUCCAGGCCCAGCUCUGGCCUCCCGGCGGCCUCUGCAGGCCCAAGUCGUCGUCAAGUCGGCCUGGAAUUGGGCCUGGAAGAGCAGCAAGUCGGCCUUCCCGGGCCCAGCUCCGUCCUCUCGGCGGCCUCUCCAGGUGCAAAACUUCCUCGAGUCAGCCUCUCCAGGCCCAGCUCCUCCUGCCUCCCAGUGGCCUCUUUCAGCCCAGACCAGCUCAUGGCUCUUGGCGGCCUUCCCAGGCCCCGCUUUUGACUUUUGGUGGCCUCUUCAGGCCCAGAACUUGACCUCCAGUGGGCCUUUGCAGGCCCGGCCUCCUGCCUCUCGAAGGCCUGCAUGGGCCUGGACUCACAGCGGACUCACAGCGGACUCUCCAUGCCCAGCUAGCCCUUGCCUCAUUGCGGCCUCCCGAGUCCAAAGCUCCUGCCUCUCGGCCGCUUCGGCAGGCCCAGCUCCCGCCUGCCAGCGGCCUCUUUAGGCCCAGCUCAUUCCUCACAACGGCCUUCCCAGGCCCCGUUUUUCCCUUCCGGCAGCCUCUUGGCCUCUAAUUUGUUUAUCUUUUGUGUAUAAAUCCCAAAAUAUUGAAUUUUGGAAUAUUUCCACCAUUAUGUAAA